GUCUAGAAAACAUAUUUCAUCAGUGUUUUAUAAAAUAAAUAAUGUAGGAAAAAUAAUUGAUUCAUAGAUGUUGAGAGUGUGCAUCAAAAGUAAUAUACAGGUCAGUUUUCCUGUCCAUUUGUCUGUUUAUGAGUAAAGUUAAAUUUUUUGUGUGUGGAUUUGCUAUAUUGGUAGAGUGACCCUCAACACCCCAUAUUCAAAGUUUUAUGUCCAAUAACAGCAAAGCAAUACAGUCUCAGUAGCCAAACAGCUGCCAGAGCUGUUACUAAGACCCCUUUACUUUCAGGAUACCAGCUGGCAAAUGAACUCUAUUGUUGCACAAAUGUUAUCCAAUUAAAACGUUGUUUAGGUCUAAUCGGUAACACGUGGCAAUCAAUCAACCUCUUUGUUUGGAAAUGCUGCUGGACGUUUAUAAACAGCCAGAGCAGAAAGCAAGAACCCACAAACUGCACUUUCAUUCUCCACUGCACACUUACAAGAUGAAUCCACGGAGGCCUAAAAAGAGUUUUACAGUACAAGAAGUUAUCGAAGAACUUUGGAAAUCGAGUGAUGAUGAGCAAAAUGAUCAUUCAAAUGAUGAGCAAAAUCUUCACUCAAGUGAUGACGAACCAGACAUGCUUUUGCCAGAAGAUAGGUGUGUAUUUUUUUUUAUUCUACACAAUCUUUACUAAUUUUACUGUGCUAUGUGUAAAUGUGACAAAUUGUAUAAAAAGUGUACAUUUAGAUAUGUGUUUAACUGAAUUAUGCAUUGUGCAACAUGUAUUGUGUUAGUGUUAGUUUUAUACUUGAUACUUUUUAUGCUUUAGUUAUAUUCUAAAUUCAGGUUGUACUGUACUGUAUUGUUGCAAUAGGUUUUCAGAAAAUGAUGAUGAAGAUGAAAACUUAUUUGCUGAAUGUCCUGAACCUUCAACCUCAUCGUCAUCAGCUACUACAUCUGCUAAUUGCAAAGCAGGGGUAGAGGGAGGCAAAGCAGAUGGAGAGGCAGAGGAAGAACCAUAAACAGAGGUAGAGAGAGACCUAUUCAACCUGCUGUUUCUUCUGGUAUCAAUGAGGCAAGAUGGCACAACUCAGAUGAACUCGACAUCCCACCACCUCAGGUUGUAUUUAGACCAGCUCAAACUCCUGGCCAUCAGCUAACUACGGAGUCAUAUAGUACUCUGGAACUGUUUCAGCUGUACUUUUCUUCCACGGUGUGCCAGACCAUUAUUCAAAACUCCAAUGCCUAUGCAGCUGAGCAUCAAGAAAAAAACAGGAAGCCAUGCCUGGACAUGACUCUGAAGGAUCUGUUCUCCUAUCUGUCACUGGUCAUUUACAUGGGUCUGGUAAAAUUACCAACACUGCCAAAUUACUGGAGUGGGUCCAGACUAUACAAGUUUGAAUUCCCAGCCUCUUUUAUGUCAGGCCGGAAAUUUCACACCAUUUCAGCAGCACUGCAUGGAUAAGGAGAAUAUGAAAAAGAAAGGGACCCCAGCCUAUGACCGCAUGGGUAAACUAAAGCCAGUGUAUCAGGAGAUUAGAGAUGCCUGCAAGAAUAAUUUUCACCCUCAUCAAAACAUCGCAAUAGAUGAGAGGAUGGUAGCGACCAAAGCGAGGAUUGGGCUGAAGCAGUACCAAAAAGAAAAGCCAACAAAGUGUUAGCUGACACAGCCCAUGGAUACACAUGGGAUUUUUUUUUAUUUAUGAGGGCAAAUCCCUUGAAGGACAACAUGAACAAAGCAAGGGCCUAAGUUAUGAAUCAGUGAUGGCGCUAGUGAAUGAGAAGAUGCUGGGAACUGGCCACAAGUUAUAUGUGGACAAUUUCUACACAAGCCCAUCACUUUUCAGAGACCUCCUCCAGAAGGGCAUCUGGGCCUGUGGGACCAUUAGAACCAACCGGGUGGGCUACCCACAGACCACUGUUAACAAGCUACCCAAAAAUGCUCCCCGUGGUAGUAUGCGGUGGAUACGAGAUGACAGGCUCCUCUUUGUGGAAUGGAAGGACACCAGGGAGGUGCACAUGUGCUCAUCCUUCCAUUCGGCAGAGGGAAACCAAACUGUACAGAGGAGGGUGAAAACAAGAGCUGAAGGAUGGACAGAACUCACUGUACCUAUACCUGCUGCAGUGUGUGACUACAACCAGUACAUGGGAAAAGUUGAUCUUUCUGAUGCCCUUGUUGGGUAUUAUAAAGUACUCCGAAAGAACAUUUUCAAUCCUGUACUGCAACUGCUUAGCCAAAGAGUGGUACCCUAGCCCAACCACCUCUCCCUCAAUUACGUCUUGCAGAGAUUUAGGAUAUUUUGCUACCAUCUUCUUGGCAACUUCAGUAGAAAGCUUCAUACUUGGGCAACAAUUUUUUUGUAUCAUCUCCCGAACCACAAUCCGGACCAUCUCUCUUCUCAUACGUGGACUUGAACGGUUUCCUCUCUCAAAUAUUUGUAUCAGUUCCUAUGGUAACUUAUCCCAUGGAAUCAGAAAGGUGUCCAUCCAGUCUAUAUUAGGGUUUUGGGAGCUGGUGGGAGAGGUUGAUUGUGAACUUUGGGGUGAAAAUGAACAAAAGCUUGUCGUAGGCCCUGGCAAGGCAUCACCAGAUGAGCUGCUGCUUUUAGGAGUCUGAUCUGCAAAACACAAAAAUUAUUAUAAACACAAUGUAAAUUUAUAUUUCCAACUUUUUAGAUGAUUUAGGGUUACAAUGGGCACUGGUUAUAUUCUGUAUUGCGAAACAUUGACUUACACCUCAGUUUCAAAGCAGCACGGACUUUGCGGGCUUAAACUGGCCUCAAUGCUGACAGCAAAUCAGCUUCUUCAAAAAACCUAAAGUCAUCCCUUGUCUCCACACCAAGAGACUGCAAGGUCUCUUCUAAAAUAUGUUUUGUAACCUCUGGAAGGUCGGGCAAGAUGUCAGUGAUGGUGGUGUGUAGAAAUAUCCUUUCUGAGUCAGUCAUUUCUGGAAUCAAGUAAGCAGUAAUUAGACUUUCAGUGAACACUGUACAUAUAAGUGGAGCUGUAGUUUUUGUUUUUUUUAAGUAAACAAUGUGUUUGAUAAUUUCAAGUAUUGUCUGUACAUCUAAUAGUAAAAUAAAACUCAUUACUCAAAACUCAUAUUUUCAUACUUUUAAAGUUGGAUGUAUUGCUGCCUAA